UAGUUUUCAUCGCUGAAAGAUUGCAUCGAUUUAUGACGUCUAAUUUUGUUUCCAUAAAAUGAAUUUUCAUUCCACUGUUAUUCUAAUUUACUUAAAUAUUUAAACAGAUAUAUAAAUUUUGCAAUUAUGUCUGGAUUCUACGGUAUAGAUAAUAAUCGGGAAGUGAUCAGGGUGCAUGUCAAAAAAUGCGAUGGUAUGAUGCAGCCUGAAUCAAAAAAGUUUUCCAUCGACCCGCAGAUUACAUCAUUUGAAAUGUUGAAUAAUCUACUCGCAAAAGCUUUUGAUAUCAAAAGUGACUUCACAAUUAGUUACCUGUCACAAGAUGGAGGUCAAGACGUAUACCUAAGUAUGCUGUCAGACUGGGACAUGGAUGCAGCAUUCCAGAAUGCGUCAGAUCCUUGUCUUAAACUGAAAGUGGAUCUCAAACCAUUUGAUGAAACGCUAGAAGAUUGGGACGUCAUUGCCCCUGUGGAGAUACCUCAGUAUCGUAUGGCAUUCCUUGACAGGGGGACAUUCUUAGGCAAUAUUACUGGUACCAUCUCCAACAGAGUGGAAAGAACUGUCUCCACAGUGCAAAGAGUCAUUGGUAUUAAGUCGGAAGAUGAGCAUUUGUAUCGACCAAUCAAAUCUCCUAUGACAGAUAUGGAAUUCCGUAAUUAUCUCGACUCAGACGGGCACAUGGUCAAACCGGAAGAAUUCAGGUUGAGUAUAUACCAGGGUGGGAUAGAACCUUCAUUACGAAGAGUUGUAUGGCGCCAUCUUCUUAACAUCUUCCCCAAAGAUAUGUCAGGUAGAGAAAGAUUUGAUUAUAUGAAAAAGAAAGAGAAAGAGUAUUUUGAGCUUCGGGACAAAUGGAGAAAUUUAUUCAGUACGCGACAGGUGUCUGAGGAAGCUAAGCAUGUAGCAAGUCUUGUGAAGAAAGAUGUUUUACGGACAGAUAGAACGCAUAAAUAUUACUCGGGUGGCGAUGAUAGUAAAAACUUGGUAGCUUUAUACAAUCUGUUAGUGACGUAUGCAUUGACGCAUCCUGAGGUGUCGUACUGUCAAGGCAUGAGUGAUAUAGCGUCUCCAUUAUUGGUUGUGCAGAAAGAAGAGGCGCAGGCGUACUUGUGUUUCUGUGGCUUGAUGAAAAGACUGCGUUCAAAUUUUAUGUAUGACGGGGAGGCGAUUACAACAAAGUUACAACAUUUAUCUACUCUUGUGCAAUUUUACGAUCCAGUAUUCAAUGCUUAUAUGAAAAGUCAUGGGGCGGAAGAUUUAUUUUUCUGUUAUCGCUGGCUUCUGUUAGAGAUGAAAAGGGAGUUUCCAUUCGAAGAUGCACUUUAUAUGUUAGAGGUGAUGUGGAGUACACUUCCGCCAAAUCCACCCGAAGGUCAGCUUGAAAUUUGUGAUGCAGAAUAUUGUCCGGCCUUGUUGAUGUCAGUCUCCCCAAACUCGCCUUCCUAUGGCUUGAAAACACAGUAUGCACAUUUGCUUGCUAAACGAAGGCUGUCAACAGUUCAUGUAAAAGAAAGUUCCGACCAGAAGGUUUGCAAAUCACCAAAAUCAGUGUGUUCAUCAUUAGCUGAUAAAAGACUCGACAAUGUUAAAGAAGGAAAUUGUGAAUCUGUUGCAAGUGAUGGAAAUGAAAAAGUCAGAUGUCAUGAAUCACAAAACUGUAUAGGAAAUAAUUGUGAAAGCAGCUCUUCUUCUGAAGAGGCUGUGCCAACAUCAAAGCAGAAUGGUUCCAUAUUGUCAGAAAAAGAAGAUUCUCACAAUAAAUGUGAGAACACAAAUAUUUCGAAAGAGGCAAAAAAUGAAAAUGGGAAAGAAAGCAGCAGUACUGAAACUGAUGAAGGGGUUGCCAACACAAGCAGUGGAAGUAGUAACAGUUCCUCGUACAUGUCUGCUUCUCAGUCAAUUGAGAGAUUUCCUAGUCUAAUAACAGCAAGUGUUGAAGAUAAAACUGACUACGACUCAGAGGCUGAGGUUUUAUCUUUAAGUGAAAGUAAAACGCUAACUGAGACAGGUUCAUUGGUUGAAAACAAAUUUUCGGUUACAAAAAAUAAUAACCAGUCUGCAGACAGGCAGGAAGUGAUUUUCACUGGACACAGUCAAGUUUCUGAAUCUGAGGGAGAAAGUGAAGACCAAGCACAGUUUCAUUUAUCUCUAGAUGACACUGACAAACAACAUGAUAAGACAAAGAAUAACAUUCCUCAAAUCAAAGGGUCUUUUUUCAGUGGUAUGAAAAGAAUUCUUUCGUCUCCAAAAAAGCGACCUGGACAAGCGCAGAGAUUCAACGGAAAUACACUGGUUCAGAAACAAGAUCUUAAAAAAGAGACAAAUACAGUCAAUUCUAACACAGAAAGUAAUGGUCUUAAACUGUCACCUAAAAACGGAGAUGAGCAUACCUUGUUUGAGGUGAAUCGAAUGAUCAAAAGCAUGACAUCUAUUCCAAAAGAACCUGCUGAUUCUGAUAGUGGGACUGGUUCCCUAACAUCGUCAACAAAUUCGCUACACAUACAUGGUAUUAAAAAUAGGAGCGUCAGCCAGAGUAGUGACAUUGAACAGAAAAAUAUGAAAAAAACUUUUGAAGUUUUGACACAAGAUCAGAAAGACUUCUUCGACAAGAAAUACAAAGAAACGGUAUGUGAGAUUCCUAAAGCGAAAAAAGAUUUAGGAACGCUGUGCUCUGAUAAUACACCUUCAUUCUGUGUCGAUCAUUUCGACAUUCAAAGUGACGAUACUGCAAGAACUGACGAGUCUAAGGAUGCUAAUGGAAUCAGUGACUGUAUAGAGGCGACAGAUCCUGAUGAAGGGAAGCUUGACAGAUUCAAGCAGCUGCCUUCACCGGAUGAGUUUGGAUACGGGAAUCCGUUCCUCAUGUUUCUUUGUCUAACUGUGUUGAUACAGCAUCGGGACGUGAUCAUGAAGAGUGGGAUGGAAUACGAUGAGUUAGCGAUGUAUUUUGACAAAAUGGUACGGAAACAUAAUGUGAAUAAGGUUCUUCACCAGACAAGACUUUUGUAUACAGAGUACAUUCGAAUGCAACAGAAAUUGCUUGAGGAUGAUGACGUGGCGGAAGACUUUAAUGUAUGAGAAAAAAAUUGUAGAUUUUUUUAACAUAUGCUGAAAAAUAGAAACUAUUACACUAGUCAAAUUUCAUUAAACUAUGAGUGCAUGUGAAAUUUUCAAAAGAAAUGAAAUUUUUAUGAUGCAUAUUAUACUGUGAGACAUAUACAGAUAUUUUUUUUCUUUUUCAAAAAAUUAUACUUCAAAUUUGAAACUAUAAUUUCAUAACUAUGAUUUAACUACAGAUUUUUAAAAAGUUUUUUAAUUGGAGUAUUGAGGCAUGCGAUUAUUGCUUCAAAAAGAUUUUUUUUUACAUGAUUACUCACUCUUUAUCAACAUAUUUUUUUUUAAACCUUUGUCUUUCUUCUAAUAUUAUUAGAAAACGGGGUCCAAAUUUCUGGAAUGUUUUGUUAGGAGUGAAAAAUCGUUGCAAGGGGUUACAUUGUGAAGUGCCAUAGCCGUCACAAAACUAAUUUUUUUGUGCAAUAAUAAUCAUUGUUAGCCGUAUUACAUAGAAUACUGCCAAUAAAGCUGAAACUUAGAAGGUAUUGAUCUUCAACUUUAAAUAAGAUUUGUGUAAUGCAAGAUUCCUUUUUUUUCUUGAAGUAAAUUUGAACAAAGGAAGGACCAUCUUUCUUUUUUUAAUUAGAAUUUGAAGAUUUCAUUACCAGCUUAAAAAUAUAUAAAAUUUAACAAAAGAUAAAUUAUUUUUUUGGUAUUCUCAAAUUUUUUUCUUGGUUAAAUUUAAAUGUACAGUGUUUAUUCAGCUGUUUUUUGUUGGUUUAUUUUUGCUUCUAAACAUUUAUGCUGAAUUAUUAAGUUUGAAGUUGUAAGUUUUCACGAAAUUUACAAGAAAAAAAUAUGUGAAAUUGUAUACAUGUUUUUGUAUUGUUUGCUGUGGGUGUAUUGUACAUGUACGGUAUGCUUUACAUUUAUUGUGACACACAGCUAAAUGUGCUUUUUCACAAUGCUUGUCAAAAUCAUAAAUGCUAGAUAUUGUGAUGUCAGUAUACAUCAAGUAUGAUUUGAUGUCAGGGUAUGUUAAAUAUGAUUUGAUGUCAGGGUAUGUUAAGUAUGAUUUGAUGUCAGAAUACGUUGAGUAUGAUUCAAAGUGACAUUUCCAAUAUUGUUCAUUCUACUUUCAAGGUAAAAAAAAACAACUGGGUAAACCUGAGAGUAUAGGCAUAUUUAAGUGAAUGCCGUUUGGGUACAUACCCUCUGGAUUUUUAUGCCCCCUGCCAUUAGAAUUUAUAAGUCCAUAAGUUAAUCAUGCAUGAUUGGUAACACAUAAGCAACAUAAGAAGUCUAUGUGUUAUGUAGAAGUGUAGAAAAUCCUUGUUAGUAUGUCACAACAGUGGAUUGAACUUGGGGCAGUUCUCACAUACAAUUUUUUUUCAAAACCCAGCGCUAACAUGGUUAUAUUUUUAGUACUCAUUACAUUAAUAUUUGGUUUGUACUAAUAUUUCAGUAGUUAAGCAUUGCCCUUAAACUUACCGGUACAUAUUAAGGUGAAAAGAAAAUACUAAUAUUUGUCAGCUUAUUGCCCAUGUUGCAGAACAUCAGUGUCACAUGGACACAUGUCUUGUUUUAUUCUGGAUAUUUUUUUUCGGUUUUUGUUUCAUUGGAAAUACCUUUAUAUAGCUGGAGAAACAAGAAUUUUAUAGUCCCACAGUGUUAUCGCUAGACUGCAUGUCGACUUAAACACCACCAAAAUUAAAAACUGACUAACCCUAUUCCUCGUAAGAACAUUUUACAUAAUGAAUAUGCAUAUUUAUGCAUGACCUCUGUUGUAAAGGUCAUUUUGGAAUGAAUUUUUUGAUAAGAUAUCAUUUAUCAUAAGAUCAUUUGAGAGACUGUCAUUGAUAUGGAUUAAAAAUGCGUUAAAGUUGUGCAUUUCAAUUCAUUUGGUCGAUAGACAUGUACAUGUAUAUUCUGUUUCGUAAUUAAUUACUAUGUAUAUUUUGUUUAAGAAUAAGUUAAUAUGUAUAUUUUGAUUAAGAAGAAAUCAGUACAUGUAUGUAUAUUUUGAAUUAAUCAUUCCUUGAGAUUAUUUAUUUGCUAUAAGCGAGUAAAAAUCUGGCAUAUAUUAUGCCACUGUUCAUUUUUUAUAAUUAUGGAAGAAGCCUUUAACCACAUAACAGUUAGAUAUAUUUUCCCAAUCAUAAGUAAGAACAAAAGGGGCCAAUAUAGAUUUGCCAUUAUAUUAAAAGACCCUUUUCAUUUUUCAAAGUAGCCUAGACAUUCUGGAAACAUUCAACCAUUAAUUAAAUUGAUAGAAUUAAUGGCUCAUCUUCCUUUAGUUUCAAAAUUGUAAUCAAUUUGCUUCUUCUCCAUGGAAAUUGAGUCAUAUUUGUUAAAACAGAUUUUGUUUUAGUUUUGCUUAUUCUCCAUGGAAAUUGAGUCAUAUUUGUUAAAACAGAUUUUGUUUUAGUUUUAUAGUGUAGGAUGUUAUAAUUAUGCUAACUGGGACAGAAGCUAAUAGAAACACUCUCAUGCUUAGUCAAAUUGCAUAACGAGGAAUGGUUGGAGUCUAAAUUUCCUCUAUAUGUUGUGCCAGAAAAGGCAGUUGUGUUGGCAUUUAAAAUAUGGAGAAAAAAAUGUUGAAUUAGCCUAGUGUCGAGUUUUAUUAUAAUACUAGCUCAAUCUAUAAUAUCUCUCCACAUUUAGAUUGAAUACUCAUGAAUGUAGCUGGUAAACUGUCAUUAAAUUUAUUUUGGUCAUUCUAACAGAAAGAGGGCGUUUUGACUUGAUUAGUAAUGCCUUUGAUUGUUGUUUGUUAGUUUAUCUGUAGGUCAAACCUUGUUUUGUAUAAUUUACAACUAAAGAAUGCUUGGGCUUUCAGUUGGUUGACCUUGACUAGAAGAUGACCCUUUUUGAUCUUGAGGUCAGUUGUUUGUAGGUCAAGGUCAUCUUGACCAUAAAAACUUGUCAGACAAAUAACUAAAGAGGGGUUUGGCUUAUGAGCCUUAGAUUGGUGGGGAGGUUGGUUUUGACAUAUAAAUGACCCCAAUUGCUUGUGGAGGUCAGUUAGUCAAAGGUCAACGUCAUUCCGUGGCAUUCUAUUCUUUUGAUUUCUUUUGUUAUGUAUAUAGGCCAGUGCAAGUAAAAACAAUUGUUGUUUUAUUUUUCUUGUAUUGACCCUUAUGUAAUUGCUAUAUGAGGUGAUAAAUUUGUCCCAAAUUUUUAUGAAUGUAUGAUUGAUCACCUUUAUCAUGUGUUUAUUGAACAACAAUUUUUAUGCCAUGACCAGUUUCUGUAUAGAUUGAUGUAAUAUAUGUUUUACUUAGCAAUUUUUUUAGUUCUUCAAAGGAUCUAGUAUUUUGAGGUGUUUUGAAAAAAAAACUUACAGAUUUUUUCUAUGCAAAAGUGAAGAUACAAACAAGAUAUUAUAUGACAGUUAAAGUGAUGUCAUCCUAAAAUAUCUGUUUUCUGUAUGUCCCAAAUCUUUAAACAUAAAAUGUUCUUUCUUGGUCUAAAUAUCCCUAAUGCGGAUAUUG